AGCGACAGCGCCGGGCAAUUGUCUUUUGUUAUCUUACGGUGUCAGGCCGGAAAUUCCCUGGCUCGUCGUCGCGCGAUAGAUAUUCGUCAGGUAUAGAAAGAUAGAAAGAAAAGUGAAAAUUUCGCCCUUCGAUGAUGUUGCGCUUCAGCGUAAGGUGCGCUCAUGUGGCUGCGAAGAGAGGGUUGAUCCCCGGAAUUAACUCCUGCAAAUCCAUCCCUCACAGGACUAACUCGCGGUUGCACACCGCCGGAAUCCGACUGUUCUGCAACGACGCGAUCGUAUCCGAAUGUCCUCACGCGACGCAAAGUGUCGCAUCCCCGCGUGUUAAAUCGUACGACGAGGUGCCGGGCCCGCGGCCGAUACCGAUCCUCGGCAACGCUUGGCGACUGUUGCCGCUGAUCGGCCAGUACCAGAUUUCGGACGUCGCGCGUAUCUCGCAGAUGUUUUACGACGAGUACGGCAAGAUCGUGCGACUGGGCGGACUGAUGGGUCGGCCGGACCUGCUCUUCGUCUACGACGCCGACGAAAUCGAAAAGGUGUAUCGGCAGGAGGGACCCACGCCUUUCAGGCCCGCUAUGCCCUGCCUGGUGCACUACAAGAGCGUCGUGCGCAAGGACUUCUUCGGCGAGCUACCCGGGGUCGUCGGUGUACACGGCGAGCCUUGGAAGGAGUUUCGUACGCGCAUUCAAAAGCCCGUCCUUCAGCCGCAGACCGUAAGGAAAUAUAUAACGCCUAUCGAAGUGGUUACAGGGGAUUUCAUUAAAAGAAUGGAGGAAAUCAAAGCGGACGACGGAGAAUUGCCGGCCGAUUUCGACAACGAGAUACAUAAAUGGGCUCUUGAAUGUAUAGGUCGGGUCGCGCUGGACGUUCGACUCGGAUGUUUAGGCGGCACUUUGCCGCCGGAUUCUGAACCACAGAAGAUCAUCGACGUCGCUAAGUUCGCGCUGAGGAAUGUGGCUGCGCUCGAGCUCAAAGCUCCUUAUUGGAGAUACAUUCCGACGCCCCUCUGGAGCCGUUAUGUGCGCAACAUGAAUUACUUUGUCGAGAUAUGCAUGAAAUACAUCGACGCUGCGAUACUUCGACUUAAGAACAAGAAAGCUGUGGACGAGAGCGACCUGUCGCUGGUGGAGAGAAUUUUAGCCAAGGAAACGAACCCUAAGAUGGCUUAUAUCUUCGCCCUCGACUUGAUACUGGUCGGCAUUGAUACGAUAUCGAUGGCGGUGUGCUCGAUAUUGUACCAACUAGCGACUAGACCGGAAGAGCAGGAGAAGAUAUAUCGGGAAUUGCUGCAAAUAUUGCCAGAUCCCUCCGUCCCUCUUACAACGAGACAUUUGGAACAAGCUGUCUACAUGAAGGCUUUCAUCCGCGAAGUAUUCAGAGUUUAUUCCACUGUUAUUGGAAACGGCAGGACGUUACAGAACGACACAGUCAUUUGUGGCUACAAAAUCCCCAAAGGCGUUCAAGUUGUGUUUCCUACGCUUGUCACCGGAAAUAUGGAAGAAUACGUGGCAGACGCGAAGAUAUUCAAACCUGCGAGGUGGCUGAAAGAAGCCAGUAACGAAAAAUUACAUCCGUUCGCAUCACUGCCAUACGGUUAUGGGGCACGAAUGUGCUUGGGCAGAAGAUUCGCGGAUCUCGAAAUGCAGGUUUUGCUGGCGAAGCUUCUCAGAUUGUAUAAGCUUGAGUACCACCAUAAGCCCCUGAAGUAUAAGGUCACGUUUAUGUACGCACCUGACGGGGAACUCAAGUUUAAAUUAAUAAAAAGAUAGUCCUUCAAUAAAAUAUGUAUAUGAUGCCGCAGAGUAAAGUAGAGCUUAAGCGAUUCAUUGGAGCAAAGAUACAUCUGCGAGACACCAGAUUGAUAUUUUGUCAAAUAUUUUAAUUUACGAUAAUUACCUUCUCUUCUUUUUAAAAUAAGCCCGUACUUAUCUUCACUCAUUUUAUUAUUUUAAUAGACACAGUUUGUAUACACACACGCGCGCGCGCGCAAAUUCUGCGUUAUAAUUGAA